CUAAGCAUUAAUAAAAAAUUAAUUUAAAUGUUUAAUUAUCGAUUAGAUAAAAUAACAAGUGCUCAAAUCUGAUUAGGUCAACAAAUCAGUAGUCCGGAUAAGUGUUUCACAAAAACGUUUUACUAACAUCGCACGUUUUAAUUAUCGAUUAUGAACUAAUGAACGAGACAACCGUGCCUUUAUGCUGCUGUGAAUAUUACGACCGCAACAACGAACGGAACCACAUCCUGGCCUGCCUGUGCAACUGCGAGGACCUGGAUGAGGCGUUCGACAGUUUUGUUAAAGGUGAGGCCGUGCCCGAGUCGAGGAGGCGGGCAGUGAUGGGCACGUUCCAGGACCGACUGCGUAUACCGUGGAGGGGUGGCGCCAAACAGGUGUCCGUUGAUGCCAUCCUGCCCAUAUUUAUUUUGCCUGUGAUAUUGCUGUUGGCCGCGAACAGCCUGUGGUGGACGAUAUUCUCCUUCACGACCAUGACUGUGUUUCUGGUGUUCCUGUUCAAUUUUCUGAUCAGGAAUUUGCCACAGACCAAGUUCUUCUUGGUGUGGACAAUUACCUCCAGCAUUUUACUUUAUGUGAUUUUCGAGUACAUUGUUAUACCGUUUUUGGAGAUUUUACUCGAAGAGAAUAUUGUUUUAAGUCUGUUCAUAUUUGGCUACAUUGUCUCGGCAUAUUUAUGUAAAGUUAAAGCCAACCAGUUAAACUCCAGCGUUGAAAAUGAGGAAGGGAAAGGUUUUGCUAAAUAUGGAGGCAAAAUUGAUAACUGCAGUAUUUGUCAAAAGUCUGUUCCUGAUAAAGAUCACCACUGUAUCUGGUUGGAUUGUUGUAUAGGACGGCACAACCAAUGUGAGUUUAUAAUCUCACUAACUUGUGCAACUGCAUCUCUUUUAUACAGUUCAAAUCUAACACUAACCUCUGUAUGCCAUCCAUUCACUUUGUACAAAACUAUUCUUUUACCUGAUGACUGCUCUGAUGUUUAUCAACAAUUUGAAUUGGGGCUCUCUUUUGUGGCAGCACUGUACAGUUUAUUCAUUGCUGUGAUUCUGUUAAUUCUUCUGCUGCAGCAGAUUCUUUUUGUCUCGAUAGGUGUGAGCAGGAAGGAGUGGAACACAUUUUCGAAUUUUUCAAAGUGCCUGUGCGGUUUGACCGCCUAUCGUCCAAACAGUGUGGGCUUCAUUGGGAAUUGGGCUAGGAUUAUUUGCGUGAAACGCAGGCACAACAUUAGUAGUAGUCAACAACUUUAAGAUUUUUAUUAUAAAGAGUAUUAUAUAUAUAUAUUUUUCACUUGAAUAUAUUUUUAAGUUAAA